GGGGUCCUGCUGAGAGGAGACUGAGGCGUCCGCAGAGAUGCCUGAGCGGAGCACUGCGGGGUCCUGAGAGGGGGCGGGGCGCUGCUGUCAGCCGCAGCGCUAGAGAAAUAUUUUGGUGAAGGCAAACUUAGCUGAGUGGUAAAUAAAACUUGGUAGCCAGUGACGUGUAGCCAGAAGCGUGUUCUGGUGUUACCUAGCAACGCAGCGCUGUGUGUACAUGCCGCUACCAGCAGCCGGCGCCGAGUCACUAUAAGCGGAGAGACACAGGCACAGCUGCUGGUGCAGCGAUGUGGGAAGAUCCGUAGGAUGAACACCGUUAUUAAGCCGCUCAUUCAACAUUUGGUUGUAAAACAGAAAAUAUUAAAUGGAUUCACCGGACUGUGCAACUGACCGACGAGAUCUAUGUUAAAUUGCUGCGGUAGCUGAGCUUAUAGUUAAGAAUGUUGAGAUCCGUCAAGAAACCGUUAAUUAAAGCGCCCGUCCACGAUGAGGCCUUCAUGGCGGAAAUGACGGUGCAGAGAAAUGCCAGCGCUUUCUUUGACAAAUUUGAUCGAAGCGAAGUACAAGAACUUCUGGCCCAUACCAUCUCCAGCUGGCUGGUGUCCAAGGACGAUGCCCAUUUACCGCUCCAUCUGCCCAGCGGUUUGAUCACUCAGCUGAAAAAUCUCACCCAUCCCAACGUUCUUGUCUUGGCUCCAGUUGAGCCCGAGGUCCGUUUGGAUUACCGGGAAGUUCAUCAGAUAUUAAGGGAACUGGUUAUUGGCAUCUAUUGCUUUAACCAAGUGCCGUCCAUCUGCCUAAAUGCCAGUUACGACUGCAGCACAUCAUGUCAGUUACCCCCUGCCUACUAUGACACUAGGGUUGGGCAGAUCCUGAUCAGCGUGGACUAUAUGAUAAAGGCCCUGUGGCAUGGUUCCUACAUGGCAGAAGAGAAACGGUCCAGAUUCUCUGAACUGUGGAGGUCUAGUAUGGACAUUGAUGCUAAUGGUCAUCCGCAGACCAAGAAAAACAUAUUUGCAGACUUUUGCUUGGCUGGUCUAGUUGAUAUUUCAAGUGAACCAGAGUUUGAUGGCAUAUACUCCCAGACGUUUGAUUUGGACCCGACGUACGACCCAAAUAAGCCAGAAGAAAAAACCCUGUUCAUGAGCCACGCAGAUCACAUGAGCAUAAAGAUGACGCACGUAACUCUGCAGGUGCAGCAGCAUGAGAACCUGUUUGUGUAUGACGCCACGUACUUCCUGUCCAGUGUGAUGAAGCUGACGGAGGAGGAUCUGGACCCUGUAACGUACCAACGCCUUCAGCAGAGGUUAGCUCUUCACACGAGGCUUGUGAAAGAGAACAUAGAGAAAAAGCCAGACAUCCGCAAAAACAUCGCUUAUCUUACACUCAUCAGCUUCCUCGUGCCGCUGCUGCUGGGGGUGAAGAAGAAGCUGAAAGUGCCGGAUUUCAGUCGUCUCCUGCAGCCGUUUUCUGAUGAUAAAGUGAGGACAGAACGGGAAUUGCCCCCACUGAUGCUCGGACAAGAGUUUAAGUGUCAGCAUUUUCAGUAUUCACCUAAUGAGUAUUUCCACCUGCAUGGAGGAAUAGAAUUUGAUCUAGGAACGCCUCCUCUGGAAAAUACAUCUGAAGAAAUUAAGGCUGCCUAUGGAGACAUAUGCAACACCGCAAUAAAUCACAUUACUAGCCUACUGGAUCUUCAUACAACUUACAGAGAACAUUAUCCUAUCCCUGUGAUGAAAUUCAAUGGAAAAAGCUACCACGUCAUUGCAAUCGAGCUGGAAGAUUUCUACCAGACCACGCUCACAAAGCAGUGGUGGGGAUCUAUGAAUGGAAUAAUAAGCUCGCUGAAACCCAAGCGGCUUCCAUUAACGGACACCCAGCUCCACGAGCAGUUCAAGAAAGUAUUUGGUUAUAAAAAAGCCAUUAAGUGCAAGAAUUUACCUUUUGGAUUAAGAGCAGCCGCAGAGCGCGGAAUGGCCGCCAUCUUUUAUACUUUUUGCCGCAAAACACAGAUUUCCGGUCUCAAUGACCUCGAUGACGCCGGCUACGCCAUAUUACAUCACGCUGCUGUACAUAACAGAGCAUCAGUCGUAUCUCAGUUAGCAAAAGCUGGACUGAAUUUAAAUCAACGUCGCCGUGAUAAUUAUCUAACACAAGGAGAGCUUCAGAAUGCGGAAACUGUUGCUGAACGAACCGGACCUACUGCCUUACACCUGGCAGCUAAAUGUGGCUCUCUGGAAGUUCUCUCCUGCCUCCUGGCCUUGAAUACAGACUACACGUUGUGUGACAAGCGCGGCUGGACUGCGAUACACUAUGCUGCUUUUUACGGCAAUAUUCCCUGCAUUAGAGCUCUUUACAGGAAAGACGCCUCUCUGCUGGAGCUGGAAACGGCUGGGCAGCAUAGAUCUACCCCCCUGCUGCUCACUGCCACCUCCGGAGCCCAUGAUGCCCUCAGGCACCUUCUUUCUCUUGGAGCAGACUGGAGGAGAACAGACAGCAUGGGGAACAACAUCAUUCACUUAGCCGUGCUCUUCUUCCAUACUCACAUCCUGACAUACGUCAUAGAGUUACACAUCCCGGAACUGCAUGUGUGGCAGCAUCUCGCAGAGAUGCUGAAAUGUAACGAUUCCUAUAGGACGGAGAUGGCCGCUCGGUGCCUGGAGGUUCUGUCUGUGGUGAAGGAGCGUUAUUGGAGAGACAUUUAUGAAGCAGGAAGCAUACCCUGUCUUGUAAACCUUUUAAGAAGUGGGCAAGUGAAUCUGGAGUGUGUGGCUACCGGAAUACUAAGCAAUAUCUCCCAUAAUGUGACCGUUGCUAAAGCCCUGGAAGAGGCGGAGGCCGUGCCCAUCCUUAUAGCCCUGCUGCACUCCAAACGGGCCGAGCUGCAGUCCCGCUGCGCCGUUAUACUGUCGGACAUCGCCCAGGUGGAGGGGCACCAAAACCUCAUAGCGCAGCUGGACGGAAUUUCACCUCUGGUUCAGCUGCUCCAGGAAGAGCUGGAAGAUGUAUUGGUAAAUGCCAUCAAUUGCAUCAGGGUCUUAUGCAGCAAGAACCCGGCCAACCAGAAGACCGUUCGAGAUCUAGGAGGCAUCCCGCUGCUGGUAGAAUUCCUGGGUGAUAAAUCUGAUGUCUUAUUAGGUGCGGCCUCAGCUGCCAUUGCAGAGAUGUCUCGGGGAAACAAACUGAUCCAGGAUGCUAUUGCCCAGGAAAACGCAGUUGUGUCUCUGAUUAAUAUUAUCCAGCAGAAGAAGCUCCAUAUUCAGGUGAAGGCGGCUAUGGCGGUGGAGGCUCUUGCUGAUCACAACGCCGCCAUACAAAGAGAGUUCCUUGACAGAUCAGUAUGGAAACAUAUACUAAAGCUCCUCAAGGUGUUCCAGCUGGAGGUCAGGGAACAGGGCAGCACAACUCUCUGGGCACUGGCUGGUCAGACGUGGAAGCAACAGAAGGCCAUGGCGGAACGCAUCGGGUGUAACUUCAUUAUAGACAUGCUCCUGUCGCCCUCUGAUAAGAUGCAGUAUGUGGGUGGUCAGGCGAUUAUAGCCCUCUGCAAGGACAGCAAACACCACCAGGACCAGCUAUGUGAAGGCAAUGGCAUUGGUCCGUUGGUGCGACUGUUACGGAACUCCAGAGUGGCAGAAGGAACACUGAUUAGUGUCAUUAAAGCCUUGGGCACCAUGUGUAUCGGUGUAGCCCUUAUACAUAACCCAGUCACCCAGGAGAGGAUAGUGGAGGAGCGAGCGCUACCGACUCUCGUCCACCUGCUGAAGACUCACAGCUCUACCAAGAUCAAGGUGGAAGUGGGCUGUACCCUGGCUUGUAUCGUCCUGAGAAACGCCAGCCUGCAGGAUCGCUUGCACCUGGAAGGGUUUACAUACCCUGAUGUUCUAGAUCUUCUGUAUGACUCUGACCAGGACAUGUGCUUACGAGCAGGCUACGCAUUGGCCCUUUUUGCUUACAACAACACUUUACAGCAGUUCUACAUUUUGGAGAAUAGAGGCAUCGAUAUCUCCAUCUAUGAACCUUUCCUUCAGUCUGCAGAUGAGUCGGACAAAGCGAGUGCCGCGUUCCAGACUGUUGUAUUAGCCAGAAUAAUUGUGGGCAUGGAUCAGGUCACUUUGUCUGCCAGAGGGGUGACAAUACUAUCAGAGCUGCUACAGUCACGGAGUUCCAGCACAGUUGUGUUAGCAGGGGAGCUGCUGGCCAGUCUGGCUCACACACGGGCUGGAAUCCCAGAUGCAAUUACUACACUUGGAACAGUGGAGUGCCUCUGCAGCCAUUUACAGUCUGAGGAUGAAGAGGUUCGCGUGGCCUGUGCCAAUGCACUGGGAUAUUUGACAUUUAAUCGCACUGCCUACCGCCAUCUGCUAACGGAAUGCAGAAACAGACCAGCGCUGUAUAACCUGCUCAUUUGUCACCUCAGCACAGAUGCAAAAAUCUCUAAAGAGUUUACAGAGGAAUUUAACACUCACCGACGGAUAGGACUGCCCUCACUCAGCUUAGCGGUAAAUGGAGGACCCCCAAUCAGCCCAUCGUUAUGGAAAGGUCCACACUGCAAAGAUACAGAGCGUUACUACUGGAGAAAUCAUUGUAGAUCCAAAUCCGCAACCGCCACCCUGUCACAGAGACCGGGGAUAGGCAGCGCCAGCAACCAGGACCGCCCAAAUCUUGCAGCAGCUGUAGCAGCCACGAGACCGAAGACCACCAAUCUGGGUCAUUUAAAGCCUUUUCAGCAGAAAAUAAUGCAAUAAAGGGCAAGGCCAUUAACCACUUAA